CUUCUUCCUUCAUUCACUUCUUCUUUUCAAUUCUUUUCAUGGACUUGAUCUCAAAAGCUACAUUCUUGCUUCUCAGGUACCAUAUAUGUAUCACCUCUGUAGACUGCAAACCAAAUUCUAUCCUAAUCCGCACCAGCUCCCUUCCCCUGUACCACUGUCGCCCUUGAAGCAAGGGGUGAAGGGGGUUUUAAAACGCGACGUCUUCCACCGACCACAGACCUGACAUAGCGUCCCUCCAUCACGAGCUGUGUUGCCAAUGUAUCGCAUGAGGGUGCUCACCCGCAAUCACCCUUGGAGGUUGCAAUGUCUUCCAAGGGCCCACCAAUCAGCGGUUCGAGUUAGGCAACGCGGACUUCUGACUGAAAGCUAUGCCCGUGGCUCAUCAGAGCCUCCGUUGUUGGAACUGACGGUUGGCGACCACUUUACUAGGGUUGUCGAGCUACAUGGAGACCGUACAGCAGUGAUCUCCAAGCAUCAAGACGCAAGACUAACAUAUGCUGCCCUAGACGCCAGAAGCAAUGCGUUGGCGAGGGGCCUGGAGUCGAUCGGGGUACAGCGAGGAGACCGAGUCGGCGUCAUGCUGGGAAACUCUAUGGAAUACGCCAUCGUCACUUAUGCACUCUUCAAAUUAGGAGCGAUUCUAGUGCCGAUAAAUCCCUCAUUCAACAUCGCUCAGCUGGUAUCAGCUUUAAGCCAUCUCGAUACAAGCCAUCUGAUGGUCAGUGCGGAGUCUAACUUGCCGCGAAAACCUCCACGGAGCAAUGUGUCGCUUCUUGAGAGCAUCGUGGCGGAUCUUGCGAGCCCGAAGCUAGAAUCAGAACUCAUUCCAUCACUGAAGAAUAUCAUUGUCGUCGACAAUACUUCUGGUCGCUUUGAUGGCACGAGAUUGAAGGGACUGACGCCAUACUCCUCCCUAAUAUCUGAUGCUGCGUUUGAUGGGAGCUCCUUACCACCGCGGCACUUGUCGCCAGAUGACAUUAUAAACAUUCAAUUCACGUCCGGGACAACUGCAAUGCCCAAGGCCGCAUGCCUGACCCACCGCUCAAUCCUGAACAAUGGUUCUCAGAUAGGAGAUCGAAUGCGCCUCACCCCUCACGAUAUUGUUUGCUGCCCCCCGCCGCUCUUCCACUGCUUUGGUUCAGUGCUAGGGUACAUGGCAACGGCCACCCACGGUGCCGCCAUUGUGUUUCCCACGGAGGCCUUCAACGCUAAGGCUGCUCUUCAAGCAGUCCAAGAAGAACGAUGUACAGCCCUGUACGGGGUUCCCACAAUGUUUCUGGAGGAACUCAGUUUGCUCGAGAGCGGCGAAAUCCCGUCCGAAGGAUUCCAAUUCCUUCGGACUGGGAUUGCAGCCGGAAGCAGUAUUCCAGCCGAGUUGAUGAAGAAGCUUCACCGAGUCCUGAACCUUACCGAACUCACCAUUUGCUACGGAAUGACUGAGACUAGCCCGGUUUCCGCCAUGACCACAACCGACGACCCGAUUGACAAGCGCAUCCACACAGUUGGCACCCUGUUACCCCACGUGGAGGCCAAAGUGGUUGACCUUACCGACCACCGCAAGAUUGUGCCCGUGGAUGUCCGCGGGGAAUUGGCUGUCAGCGGUUACCUCCUAAUGAAGGGAUACUGGAAUGACCCUAAAAGAACAGCCGAGGUGAUGAUACCAGAUGAGAACGGCAAAGUCUGGAUGCAUACCGGUGACGAAGCAAUCAUCUCCCCGGACGGGUAUGUCACGAUCACGGGCCGUGUUAAGGACCUUAUCAUUCGCGGCGGAGAGAAUAUCCACCCAUUGGAGGUUGAAAACUGCCUUCUUGCCUACCCCGGAGUCUUGAAUGUGUCAGUCGUUGGGGUUCCAGACCCGAGAUAUGGCGAGGCUGUGGCUGCAUUCAUCAUACAUCGGAAUCCUCAAGAUGCGGAUGCUACGGAGGAGAAGGUCAGAGGCUUUGUCAAUGAGAAGCUAAGCAAUCAUCUUGUUCCAAAAUACGUCUUCUUCCUGCCUGCCGCAGACUCAUUUCCAAAAACUGCUAGUGGGAAAGUCCAGAAAUUCAAGCUUCGCGAGAUUGCGGUGGAGCUCCUGGAGGAGAGGAAGAAGCGUUUCGCUUGACGGCCUGACCCCUUCAACAACGGAACUUACACCAUUGUCUCGGUAACGGGGAGAUGUUUUAAUGUCUAGCAUUGGGUCCAGAUUGGAUUGAGCGUGAUCCGGAUAAUCAUGUACAUUGUAUGUACAAGUCUUCUCAAUACACUUGAGUGGCUGGCAAAUGGCCAAACGAACAACAAGCGGUUACUUGAAAGGGCCCUCUUGGUAACAGAUAUCUACAGCCGACAGUCCUUGAUCUCA